GGAAAGCGAUGUAGAUCGUUGGUGGCAUCUCCGCAUCUCUUUGAAGAAUCUUCGGUUGUUAAUGUCGACAUAUCUGGCGGGUCUAAUCACCUCCGGAAUCGUCACCAUCUCCUUUCACCUUUGUUAGAUUUUUCCGCAGCCUUCUUUUUUGUCUUCCCCCCUUCACCCUACUCAUUUAUUCAUUCGUAUUUGUUGCAGAUUCUUCAAUUUCAGAUCAUUAAUUGUUUUGCAUGUGGAGUUGGUAGAGAGAGGAUGACAGGUGAAGAUUCAAAUUCUAAGGAUUCGAUGGAGAAUAAUCAAGGGGCAUGUUCUGGAAGGGAAGGGAAAGGGAAAAGGCUGUGGAAGAAGGUGAAGUACCAGCUGGUUGAGUACCACUCCUUGCCUGGUUACUUGAGAGACAACGAGUACAUUCUAGGUCACUAUCGAUCUGAAUGGCCAAUGAAGCAGAUUUUGCUAAGCAUCUUCACCAUCCACAAUGAAACUCUUAAUGUUUGGACGCAUUUGAUUGGAUUCUUCCUAUUUCUUGCAUUGACCAUAUACACUGCCAUGAAAGUUCCGAAGGUUGUAGAUCUUAAUUCACUACAGCAUUUUCCUGACAUACUCAAGAAGGCCGACCUAUACAAAUUACAAUCAGAACUUUUGACGUGCCUUCCUUCUAUGUCUGAUUUAUACAGACUCGGAGAGGAAAUCUCAAGCUGGCAUGUAAAAGAACUUCUGUAUAAUUGUUUGCCUGAAAGUUUUUCCAGUGGGAAUCAUACUGAUGUUUGUGUUCUGCACAGUGUAAAAGAGGACCUGGGAAACAUAAUAGCACCGCUGAUGAUUAGACCAAUUACAAGGUGGCCUUUUUUCGCAUUUCUAGGGGGUGCCAUGUUUUGCUUGCUAUCUAGCAGCAUUUGCCAUCUCCUCUCUUGUCACUCUGAGCGCCUAUCUUACAUUAUGCUCAGGCUUGACUAUGCUGGAAUUGCAGCCCUGAUAGCUACCUCUUUCUAUCCUCCAGUAUAUUACUCUUUUAUGUGUUAUCCAUUCUUCUGCAACCUUUACAUGGGAUUUAUUACUCUAUUGGGUAUUGCCACCGUCGUGGUUUCUCUCAUUCCUGUCUUUCAAACUCCAGAAUACCGCACCAUCCGUGCAUCCCUCUUCUUUGGAAUGGGUUUGUCUGGUUUAGCACCUAUUCUUCACAAGCUCUUUUUGUUCUGGGGCGAACCUGAGGUGUUUCACACAACUGGCUAUGAGAUUCUGAUGGGUGCUCUCUAUGGAAUUGGAGCAGUGGUUUAUGCCACUAGGAUUCCAGAACGAUGGAUGCCUGGGAAGUUUGACAUUGCUGGACACAGUCACCAAUUGUUUCAUAUAUUGGUGGUGGCUGGGGCAUACACUCAUUAUCGUGCAGGAUUAGUUUAUCUCAGAUGGCGCGACCUUAGAGGUUGCUGAUUUAAUGAGCUUUGUUGACUGCUCUGUUUGUUGUGUAUAACUGGUAAGUAUGUGCUUACUGGUUGGACUGAUGUGAAUUUGUAAUUCUAGUGGGGGUUGUUUAUGCAAACCAUAUAGGCAUUAUGUGUACACUUAGUAUCCUGAUGCGCUAAGUCAACAAUAAAAAUUUCAUUUGGUGUAUCUCUAUCUAUUUGUAUUCAAGUUGUGUUAGUUUGGUGCUUGGCCGGGAAGUUGGGAUACUAAUUAGGAGCGGAAGCGUAUUAUUCUCAAGAUG